GUUAUCUGGAACUCAGUUCUGUUAAGUGGGAGAGCCCCCUUUUCUCUCCAAUCCAAUCUCCCAGCUUCUUCCCCAAAUCUCAGAUUGGCCAAACUGCUCAAAUUCCUCUCUUAUCUUCCCUUACCCAAGGAUUUCUCAAGUGUGUACUGUCUGUGCCCACCUGCCUACCCCCUCAUCUGGUGACUACCCAACUCGCAUACUCCCACCCUGCCUGCCUACUUCAGCCAGCCCCAGGAACCUGCUUGCACCUCUAGCCACCAUUUCCUCAGCCUUACCCAGCACUGGUAAGGUUGGACUACUAACAAACCAGUUGCUCUUUAUUUUGUUAGGAAGUGGGGAGCAGCAAGCCUCAUCGGACAAGCUCUUGCAUGGGCUGGGUUACCAAGUGGAAAGAGGAAGACAUGGCGACCAGAAGAGUAAGGGAAGGCUGGGCAUCCAGGCCUAAGGAAUGACAUGAAAAGAAACUGUUUAUCCUGAUGCAUUUUUGUACGGAGGAUUAUUCCCUGGUAUAUUGCAAUUCAAAUGUGGUCAUCACACCAGCAGCAUCACUAUCACUCUGGAGCUUAUUAGAAAAUCAGAACCUGGGCCCCACUCCAGAUCUGCUGAAUCAGAAUCUGCAUUUCAACAAGAUCCCUGGGUGAUUAGUGUACCCACUAAAAGUUGAGAAGUGCUACUCUAGAGUACUGAGUUUGGCUUUUGAGCCUUCUGUUAAUUAGUCCUUUCUCUUUCACCUUCAUUGGAUUGAAGGAAUAAGUUGUCUUGCUACUAAAUUUUUCCCAUUAUUAUUUUUGGUAUAAGAUAAAUUAAUAACAGAUACAAUUUAUUGAGUGCCUGUCACAUGCUAGGCAUAUUUUACAGAUGAGGUAAUUAAGGUUAUGUGGCAUGCCUAAGGCCAAGAACUAGUGAAUGGUAAAGCUGAGACUCCAAGCCAGAUCUCGAUGCCUCCCAAAGCCACCAAACUUCCUCCCAUGCAGUACCACCAUACUAUUGAUAGAAGUCAGCCCAAACUUCCUUAUGAGGUACAGAAGGAAGAAAGGGGGGGCUUUCAGGCCUGACUUCCCCAGAGAGGAAAGGCUUAGCAUAGUUCUUAUCCUGAGGGAGCUUGUGUAAGCCCUCUCUGGGGCCAGAAAUUACUGGAAUUGGGGCCAGAGGCCAAGGGAAACUGGAGUGGGUAUCAGGAGUAUUAAUUAAGGGAAAACCCUAACUCUAAAUCUCCAAGAAAAAUUAAAAUCUUAUGCCUGAUCCUGGACUUGGAGUGUACAACAAAUCCAUGUGGGACUGCUCUGGGUUCUGGCUAUUGUAUUGGUCAGUGAGGGCAUCAUCUGGAGCCCCAAGUGAGGCCUAGGGCUACUACAUUAUAGCAUGCUAUAGCUGGAAGAGUCAUUUGUGACAACUGAGUUCAAUGUUUUGUUUUGCAGAGAGGAAACAGAUGCCCAGAGAGGGAGAGUACGUUACCAUAGGUCAGAGUGAAUUCAUAGCAGAUCCAGAGACGCUGACCCCAAGAACCACUAUUCCAGCAUUGCUAAUGGCACCUUUUCUGGAGUUGGAGUCUGUGAUGUGAAAUUGAGUUUUCUUUGGAUCUGCUCAAGUGUCCAUGGGAAGUACAGACCCUGCAAAUAUGGGCCAUAAUGUUUGUGUGCCUCAGUAUCUCAGUAGGACCUUCACCUUAGAAAAUCUCUAAGUCACUUGCCCCCAGCUAUGUAAAAUCAGCUGCAGUGCUACCCCUCUGGACCUGGAGGCUGCUGGGCCUGGCUGAUCUGUGAUUUCCUUUUCUGGGACCCAGAGGACCUACAGAAAUGGCUGGGUGGGGUCAACUCAGUCCAGGAAGCACAGGAAUUCUUUUAAGUGUAUGUGUCUGGGGUAUUUUUCUCUCUCACUUACGUGUAUUUUUAAAAAUUCUUUUUAGACACCCACUUUAUCUUUCCCAAACAUCACUUCCUUACUCCUUUCCUGAGUUCUAGCAGUGGCUGGGGGCCCAGCUUCCUUAUUGGCCUCUGAGCUGUAGAGGGGCUGGGCCAGGGCUCAGAAGGUUGGAGUAGGGAGCAGGGGGGCUGUUUAUGCUGCUGGAACUGCCUUUCAUCCUUCCCUUUGCCACCAGAGUGCUGGCUGGUUCCCAGAGCAGCGUCUUCACUCCUGUCCAGCUCUUGACACUGGCUUUUAUUUCCCAAGGCUGUGGCCACAUCUAGGCCCAAGAAAGCAGAUGACCAUACCUUGCCUUCGAUGCUGCUCCUUCCUGUUCUUGGAACUGGGACCUGACUGUGACUGAGCUCCUUGGAUCACAUUUAGGAUCUUGGGCUGAUGGCCCCUUGCCCCAGAAGGUCUUGACUGGAGGGCAUGUGGGUCCCAGCUAAGGGAUGACUCUGGCUGGAAGGGUUGUCAGUGAGAAUCUGAGCUAGCUGGAUACUUCGUUCUCUCCUAAGCCAUCUCUCCACCCUGGGCAACUUCCAUGGAGGAACACCCCUGUCAGUAGGCCACACUCAUGGCAUAUGGCCAAGCUUCUGGAGGGAUGCCCUGAAGUGGCCACCAACAUGCAUUUCCCUUCUGAAGCCUUCAGCUUGUCCUGGCAUUCCGGCUGCAACACAAGUGACGUGUGUGUGCAGUGGUGUCCACUCUCCCGGCACUGCAGCACUGAGAAAAGCAGUUCCAUUGGCAGCAUGGAGAGCCUAGAGCAACCAGGCCAAGCCACCUAUGAGGGACACCUCUUGCCCAUUGACCAGAACAUGUACCCCAACCAGCGUGACUCAGCCUACAGUUCCUUCUCAGCCAGCUCAAAUGCUUCUGACUGUGCCCUUUCCCUCAGGCCAGAGGAUCCAGCCUCUGCAGACUGCAUCAUGCAAGGCCCAGGGCCAGCUAAGGCCCCUAAUGGCCAGCCUAAUGUGGCUGAGACCUCAGGAGGUAGCCAGCGCACCAAUGGCAGCCACCUGACCCCCAGCUCCCAGAUGUCAUCCCGCCCACAGGAGGGCCAACACGCAGGGCCUGCCAAGGUGGUCAGGGGCCCACCACAACCUCCAGUGAGGCGGGACAGUCUUCAGGCCUCCAGAGCCCAACUCCUUAAUGGAGAACAACGCUUUCUGCCAUCUGAGCCUGUGGACCCCCUGAAACAGAAGGAAAAACUGAGCAUUGAGACAGUGCCAUCUCCAAGGAACCCUAACAAGUUCUGCUGCCUCGGUGGACAAGACCAAGUGACAAGUGAGGACCAUCAGAACUGUGAGCUCAGCCAGCCUCCUGAAUACAGCCAUCAGGGCUCUGAGCAUCUACUGAUGCAGUCCUCAGCCAAAGCUAUUGGAUCCCCAAAAACCCGUGACAAAGCUUUUAGAUUGGAUUCCAGCCCACUUAGUGAAGCUUCAGCAGAGCUACCUAAGGCUUCUUUUGGCAGCCCUCCACACGUCACAGGACUCACAGGACACCGCCAUAGUGCUCCUGAACAACUGCUGGCAUCCCACCUGCAGCAUGUACACCUUGAUACCAGGGGCAACAAGGGGAUGGAGCUCCCAGCCGGGCAGGAUGGGCGCCAGUGGACUCUGUCCCCUUUGCACAGCAGCCACAAAGGGAAGAAAAGUCCAUGUCCCCCUACAGAAGGAACCCAGGACCAUCCCAGCAAAGAAAGAAAGGUUAGGCCAGUGAAUAAUGAUAGGCCUUUGAGUUCAGGACACCAGAGACAAAUCAUUUCCCCACAUGGAGAGGCUGAUGGACACCCUCCAGAAAGAAGUUUACUGGACCCAAACAGAGCAAGCAGAGCAGGCAGUGAAUCGGCCAGCCAGCAGCCCUCUGUCUCUGGCUCCCUUGUCCAACAAGCUAAGGACUGUUCUUCAACCACUAAGAUAGCCAGCAGCACAGAGUCAACUGAAGAAGGGGACAGUGAACCCAAGGAGUGUGGCCGGAUGGGUAGUAAGCGAAGUGGAGGGACCCGGGGCCGGUCAAUCCAAAACCGGCGGAAGAGUGAGCGGUUUGCCACUAAUUUGCGUAAUGAAAUUCAGAGGAGGAAAGCCCAGCUCCAGAAAAGCAAGGGUCCCUUGUCACAGCUGUGUGACACUAAGGAGCAGGAGGAAGAGACCCAGGAGCCCCUAGAAAGCCCUCCAUUCCCUGCCUCUAAUUCAUCUCUUCUAUCUUCACAUAAAAAACCCCCUAGCCUCAGAGACAAGCUUGUCAACAAAAGCAUGAUACUCAGGGCUAGGUCGUCAGAGUGCCUCAGCCAAACCCCUGAGAACCAUGAAUCUAGGACAGGCUUGGAGGGACAAACAAGCCCUGGCCAGAGGCCUAGCCAGUCCUCUUUGGGCCUAAACACCUGGUGGAAAACAUCUGACCCAUCCUCCUCAGACUCUGAGAAAGCAAGUGCUCCCUGUGGAGUCUAUGGAGGUCAUUGGAGAUGGUCUCCAGAGCAUAACCCACAGCCACAUGUGGCGCUAGCCAUGGAAGGCCCUUCCAGCCCAGAUGACAACAAUGAAUUGAAGGCUUCUACUGCCCAAGCUGGGGAGGAAGUCAUCCUCUUGCCCUUCGCAGACAGAAGAAAGUUCUUUGAAGAGAGUAGCAAAUCCUUAUCUAUGUCCCAUUUGCCAAGUUUAACCACUCAUAAUAACAAGGCUUUUACCCAGAGACCAAAACCUAUAGACCAAAACUCCCAGCCAAUGAGCUCCAGCUAUAAGGAAUUGAGGCACCAUUUCAUGGACCAAUCAUAUCAUUCCACAGACCAACCAUAUCAUGUCACAGACCAAUCAUAUCAUUCCGCAUCACCCCAUCAGUCGGAAACUCCCACUUACCCUGAAUACUUUGUGAGCAAAGGUCUGGAAAAUUCCAUGUGCUGUAAGCCACUGCACUGUGGUGAUUUUGAUUACCACAGGACCUGCUCUUACUCCUGCAAUGUACAGGGAACUGUAGUCCAUGCCCCUUGCAUUUAUUGUUCUGGGGAAAUCUGUCCUGCCUUGCUAAAGAGAAAUAUGACGCCAAACUGUUACAACUGCCAGUGCCACCACCACCAAUGCAUCCGGUAUUCAGCUUGCUAUCAUAAUCCUCAGCAUGGUAACCUCAAGGACAGCAGCUUGGCACCUGGCAGCACUUGGAAACCCAUGAAGCCAACAGUGCAGAAAUUUCCUGGGGACAAAUGGAAACCAAUAACAGGAAAUAGGAAGACCAGCCAGUCAGGAAGGAACAGCUUCGUAAACCUGCAGACAUUCACCGGGAUGCGGAGGGACAAGAGAGUCUUCAGCCCAAACCAAAGGGAAAUGGCUCAUUCCAAGGCUAGCUUUUCAUGGACAACCCCCUUCCAUCCUUGCCUUGAGAACCCAGUGCCGGAUUUGUCAAGCUACCGAGCAAUUUCUUCUCUUGAUCUCCUUGGAGACUUCAAACAAGCCUUGAAAAAGACAGAGGAAACUUCAAUGUAUGAGGAAGAGAGCUCCCUUGCCUCCAUGUCCUGCCCACUGCGUAGCCGUGCCUUCUCAGAGAGUCACAUCAGCCUGGAGCCCCAGAGCACCCGGGCCUGGGGACAGCAUAGGAGGGAGCUCUUUAACAAAGGGAAUGAGACCCAACCAGAUCUUCUCAAAGCCAGGAAGAAGACCUUUCCUCCUCCUCGCCCUCCUCCUCCCAACUGGGAGAAGUAUAGGCUCUUCCGUGCAGCCCAGCAGCAGAAGCAGCAACAGCAGCAGCAGCAGGAAGAGGAAGAAGAGGAGGACAAAGAUGAAGAGAGAGAAGAGGAGGAGGAGCUGCCACCCCAGUAUUUCAGUUUAGAAACCACUGCUUCCUGUGCCCUCAAUCCUGAGGGGGUCCUGGAGCAGCCACAACCCCUGAGCCUUGGCCACCUGGAGGGCUCACGGCAGAGUUCACAAAGCCUCCCAGCAGAGCAAGAGUCCUUUGCUCUCCAUUCCAGCGAUUUCCUGCCCUCAAUAAGGGGCCACUUGGGAUCUCAACCUGAGCAGGCUCAGCUCCCUUGUUAUUAUGGCAUUGGUGGGCUUUGGAGGACAUCAGAGCAGGAGACAACUAAUUCCCCCAAACCAGAAGCUUUGAUGGCAGAAGAGGCCAAACCCAAGCCAUCAUGGAGCCAGCGCUACUUUUUUCCUGAGGAGAAGCUCUCUUUUAUGGGCUGGGGUUCUGAGAAGCAAUGCCUCAGCCCUGCAGGCCUCAGUGAACCCAAGACAACAGGACAAGAGUUUCAGCACUUCUUACCUACUCCAGGGACCCCAGGAAUCCCUACCUCUUAUUCAGCUUAUUACAGUAUUUCUGUGGCCAAGGCAGAGCUGCUCAACAAAUUGAAAGACCAACCAGAGAUGGCAGAGAUUGGCCUGGGAGAGGAAGAAGUUGACCAUGAAUUGGCUCAAAAAAAGAUACAACUUAUUGAAAGCAUUGGCAGAAAACUUUCUGUCCUACGGGAGGCCCAGCGAGGGCUGCUAGAGGACAUCAAUGCCAAUUCCGCCCUUGGGGAAGAGGUGGAGGCCAACUUAAAAGCCGUCUGCAAAUCCAAUGAGUUUGAAAAAUAUCGUUUGUUUAUUGGGGACCUGGACAAAGUGGUCAACCUGUUGCUGUCACUCUCUGGACGACUGGCCCGGGUGGAGAAUGCUCUCAACAGCAUUGAUUCAGAGGCCAACCAGGAGAAGUUCGUGCUGAUAGAGAAGAAGCAGCAGCUGACAGGACAGCUAGAAGAUGCCAAGGAGCUGAAGGAGCACGUGGACCGCCGGGAGAAGUUGGUGUUUGACAUGGUCUCCUGUUACCUGCCUCAGGACCAGCUCCAAGAUUACCAGCACUUUGUCAAGAUGAAAUCUGCUCUCAUCAUUGAACAGAGAGAGCUGGAGGAGAAGAUCAAGCUUGGGGAAGAGCAGCUCAAAUGUCUCAGGGAGAGUCUACUCCUGGGGCCCAGCAAUUUCUAAUUCUAGGAGCAGUCUGCCACAGUGUCCCUGCCCAGCCACAGUAGGAAGUGCUUUCAAUCUUCUGCAGUAGCAGUUUGUUAGCAAGUAGACAGCAAUUAGAAAAUCCAGCCCUCUAUCCUGGGCAUCUCUCACUGCCCCUUCCUCUAGCAGUGGUCCCAGCCAGCUAGGAGACUCAGGGGAGGUCCCAAGUUUCCACUGUUAGGAGCUACAACAAGGUAUGAUGAUACAGCCACACUCUCCUUUCCACAGUUUGCAAGGUCAAGCACUUGAUGCCCACAAAACCAACAAAGUGCCUACAUUCUUCUUUGUACUAGAACACCAAAGACAUCAAGUACUUACCACACACCCACACCAUAAUCGGCCUCUUUAAGUUCAGAAAGAAACUGCCUGCACAGCUUCACUCUGCUCCAGGGCUUGUGGCCUAGUCAUUUUCCAAAGAGAUCUGGCUCCCUUGAGGGCAUUCACCUAGCAGGGCCUCACCCAAGCUUUGCUGUGGGAAGCACAGAAGGAGGAAUUACACUUAACAGAAUUCGAUAAAAGUUUGGGUAUCCCCAGGUCCCUGUUGGGAAGGAGCCAGCCUUAAACAAAUCAGAUCCAUCCCACCUUUCCCAGAAGCUAGUUAAAAGGGAAGAGGCCUACUCUCAGCCCUGGCUAAUUUGGCCUGACUCCUGUCCUAAGACUUUGGGCCUACCACCUCUUGUUUCAUCUUGUCCUUUCUUUGCUAGGGGUUGCACAGGUGCCUACUCUGAGGCUUCACACUAUGGGCCACUAAUAGCUCUACUAAAGUUGGCUUCUGGCUAUAGGUUUCAUUAUUGUGGGCAGGAGAUUCUUAUUGUUAUAUUUUAAUGGCUUUUUGAUUUUAUUUAUUUUUAUGUUGUAAUUGUUUUUAUCUUUUUUAACUAAUGAGGCACGAAGGAGGAAGUUGGAGAGGGAAAAGUUAACCCAGAACAAAAGCAUUUUCUGCAGAUUAGCCUGAAUCUACCAUGGCUAGGUAAGCAAGCGCCAAGGCAUUGAAUUCUUCCCACCAUAGCUACCAGCUUCUAAGAAAAAAAGUUCUCAUGAACUCAGAGCCUCUCUACUGUAGCCUGGUCCUGUGCUUCCCUUGAAGUCUGGGUGACUAUGAGCUUAGCAUUCACAGCAGUGUUCAAUUCUUUCUUAUUUUCUGAAACCAAAGAAAUGUCCUGAAACUGAGAAAGGUUUGCCCAUUUCCCUAUUUUCUCCAGGCUAUGGGAUGAGUAAAGGUGAGCUUGGGGGAGCUCUUUUAACCAUUGCUUUCUCAGCCUGUUACCUGGCUUAAGGAACCAAAAUUCAUGCUAGCUGGGAGCUCCAGCCAGGGCUAGCCCCCCAGAGUAAAUUGUGACCCAGCCAGGAUCUUAGGCAUACAAAAAACUAAAGCCACUGCUGCUGCCAAGGCCUUGAUGCUGAUAGUUAGCUUGUAUCUGCAAAAGCCCUCAGGUGGGUGAUGACAGGAAGGGAGUCAUAGCCAAACUCUGCCCUUUUAUCCAGCUCAAUUCCCUGUUCCUCACUAACUAGGGCCAAUCCUUGUUAUCACACAGCCCAGCCAAGCCCUGGCAUCUCUUCUAGUUACUGCUGAGUUCCUCAGGGUCCUUGGAGGUCAACUGUAGCAGCAGGAAUGCCUCAUUCAACCAAAGAAUUUGCCAAGGAACUUUGCUGCUGCUGCAAAUACUGGUCACUAGCUUCCAUUUCCUCUUCAUUGUAUUUGAAAACAAUGGGAGAAUCUUGGCCAGCAGGGUGUCCUGGGGUGGGAAGGAGGAGGUAACCCUUUCUGUGGAGCCCUGGGUAUGCUCUUAGUUAUGCUGCCAGAACUACUGUUCAAACCUACCCUUCUCCCCUCCAGUGGAAGAUUCUUCUCUAUUUAGGAAGAUUGAUGGCUUAUAAGGGGCUGAGCUUACCCAAGCCAAGGUUGAGGAAGCUGGGGGAGUGUUUUGAAUGGAGAAUACAAGGAUGCUCAUUUUCACAUGGAGGGACAGUUUCCAAAGAUCUUAAAAAUAACUGCAAAACUAUACUGAGCAGUGAAGCUUGUUAGACAAAGGUAAACUGCUAAACAGAUACUGGUGUGCCACACUCCUGUCAUGGCAGUCUUGUGUUUGACAGUACUGCAAAUCUUCCAAUAUUUCUUGAGAUGCAGUGUCUCUCCCCUAUUCUCAGUUCCUGGACUCAGCCCUCCUCUAAAGCCUACCAAGGGUAGCAGUUUGGAAGACAGGUCAAGGGAUAUGCGCAAAGACAGUUAUUGGUCUUGACCUCUGCUGUCUCCCUUCAAUUACUUAUACAGGCCCCCAUGGGUAAUAGGUAAGGGUGGUUGAUAGAGAGCAGCUACUAUCACAUGUCCUCCCUAACUUACCCUCCACCCCAAGGGCUCUGGAUAAUUGAGUUUCCUUGAGUCUCAUAGCUGGAGACUCAGCCAGGAUAGAACAGUAAAUGCCCGAGUGAAAUCCAAGAAAAUGAGACAGAGAUACUGAAAAUAAAGCCCUAGAGAGGGAGAGAUUUGAAGCAGAGGAGAGGAGAUAAGGUGAAAAGAUGAAAAGUCUCUCUUAAGGCCAGGUUCAGUUUCUGUUUUCUGUUUAACCUCAAGUGCCAAAAAGCUGCCCAGGCACACCAGACCACAUCCUGGACCCCAGCCUCUGUAAAGGUGCUGCUCUGCCAGUAGCAGACCCUGGAUGGAGGAAGCUGGGCACAUUUCUGGCCACUUUCACCCAUCUGGAGCUUGGAGACUCUUGCUGCCUUUGCCAGAGGAGUUGUUUAUGCCAAUAGUAUUUCUUUAACAGUGUAUUGUAUUAUUUGAAAAUUAGUAGAUCUUUAGAUGGGGGUGGGGCAGGAGGCAGUCUUUACAGAUAAAGAACCAGUGUUGUUGUACAACUGUUGGGGGUCAUCUAUCCCAUGUGAAGCUGUUAUUUUUCCAAAUCUUGUUGUUUCUGCAUUUGUGUCCUCCACCACUCUCUUCUUGGCUGACAUUGAUAUGCCUGCCAGAUUGUCAUCAAGGGUCAUACUUUAAUAAAGGGUGCUAUGGACAAAAAAAUUAUCUCAUGUGUUUUGACUCAGGUGAUAGAAGUCCCAUAAGAUUCUGCUGAAAAGUACUGGAAAGAAAUUUGGUCACCUAUCCAUAGUCCUUCAUGCAUAGCCAUAUGACUAGAGCUUUACCCACAUCCCUAAACCUUUACCCUGGCCCUUAGGGAUGGUGUUGGUGCUAUACCAUUCAUCAUACCCAGUAGAAUAGCAGGUUCUAGCAUGUCCAUUUUAGGGGAACAGCUUUUAGACAUCUAUUUCAAGAGCACCCUGAAUAGGUGGCACAGAGUUUAUGUCAUGAGUUAUUUCUGUUGGUACCACAGGAUUGAGAUAUGGUGUUUGUCUACUUAGAAGGACCUUGGACCACAGCUCUGCCCUUUAGUUCACAAAUAUAUUUCUUCCUCUAUGGCUAGUCAAUGGCAACAUCACAACUAGUCUAACCUAGAAUUUAGAUUGCAGGAAGAGUCAACAAUAGGAGUAAUCUCAAGUAUAGACCUCAGCAGUAUAGAGUCCAGUCUGGAGUCUUGUCUGAUCACAGGUAAUCCACCUUCUAUCUAGACUUCCUCCAAUCUUGAGGUCUGUCUGGUAGGAUCAUCUUACUUCUAGCUAAUAAUCUGGUCUCACACCUUCAUUCUCAGCUCCCUGGAAAGCAAAAGCCUUGCUGAUCAGCUUUCCAAGACAAACUCAAAGUUUAGACCCAAAUGCACUCCAGGCAUCAAGUGACACUGAAAAACUUGACUUUUUUUCCUGAUCUAUACUCUGUUCACAUUCCAACUAUCCUCCUCCUCAGGAUAUCCAGUGUGGUGGAGCCAAAAGAAUCCAAAUUUGGCAUUAGAAUAAACUUUGUUCAAAUCCUGUUCUGCCACUUAUUCUAUGAUCUUGGAUUACUUGUUCAACUUCUGAGAUAAUUUACUUAUCACUAAAAUGGGAACAAUAAAAUCUGUCUUACAGGUUUGUUAUAACUCAUAAAUAAUAAAUAAAAGCCACGAACAAUCUACAAGAAGUUGUUAGAAAGGCAGAAACUCAAGCCCCACCUCAAACCCAGUGACAGCAGUCUGAAUUUUGACUAGAUUCUUUUUGUUUGUUUAUUCCUUCUUUUGGCCUUCCUAGACUCAAAUUGUAUGAAUUUUGACUAGAUUUACAGGACAUUCAUGUGCAUACAUUUUUUAUUUCAGAAUAUUACAGGUGUACAAUUGUGUUCAUCACCCAUAUCAUAUGUACUGUACCCAUUAGGUGUGAACUUACCUAUACCUU